CUUGUACAACGCCCCCUCAGCCCCACUAUUAAAUACGCGGAACCCCCACCAUACUCCAAGUUGCUCUGCAAAUGAGGAUUAACGAUGUUGGCCCCAGCGAACCCAAGCGAAACAACACGAACCAUGAUGAUCGUGAUCGUGAUCAUGAGAAGAAGAAGAACAAGAGUCAUCGAUCUGCGUUGAGUUACUUGAAAGCUGUGGUCAACAAAGUUGCUGCGAUUCUGCUCUGCCAAAGAAAGUCCAGCUCUAAGGAACCUAGAUCCGAUGCUGUAAUGGGAAUUAACUCUUCAAUAGAUAAUUCUACAGGAAGCAGCAGGAGUCAGACGAGAUCCAAGUUUUCUGAUUCCAGUGGUUCAUCAGUUGCCUCAAAUGGACAGGUUGGCACUGUUGCCUUUUCCAUUGAGGAAAUUUACAAGGCAACAGAUAAUUUCUCCACAGCAAAUAAACUCGGCGAGGGAGGCUUUGGAACAGUGUACAAAGGAAAAUUGAAGGAUGGAUCUUUUGUUGCCAUAAAGCGCGCUAAGAAGCAGGAUAUGCAUGAGAAACGCUCAUUCACAGAGUUUAAGAAUGAAAUUCUUACCUUAUCGAAGAUUGAACAUCUAAAUUUAGUGAGGUUGUUUGGAUAUCUGGAGCAUGGGGAUGAACGGAUUAUUGUAGUUGAAUAUAUUGCCAAUGGGACACUUCGGGAGCAUUUAGAUGGUACACGAGGAAAUGAGCUUGAAAUUUCAGAACGUCUGGACAUUGCAAUUGAUGUAGCUCACGCAGUUACAUAUCUGCACAUGUACAUGGAUCUUCCAAUAAUUCACAGAGACAUAAAAGCAUCAAACAUCCUCAUCACAGAGAAACUCCGAGCCAAAGUAGCUGACUUUGGAUUUGCACGAUUAGCUGUUGAAGAUCCAGGAGCAACUCACAUUUCGACCCAAGUCAAAGGAACAGUUGGCUACUUGGAUCCUGAAUACAUUAAGACGUAUCAACUUACUGAAAAGAGCGAUGUUUAUUCCUUUGGUAUAGUGCUUGUAGAACUGAUUACAGGACGGUAUCCCCUCGAGCCAACGAGACCACUUAAAGAAAGAGUAACGGCAAAAUGGGCAUUGCAAAGACUCAAAGAAGGGGCUGCGGUGGUGGCAAUGGAUCCAAGACUACGACGAAGCCCAGCAUCACUCAUGGUUGUGGAGAAGAUUCUCAAACUUGCUCGACAUUGCCUUGCGCCUCAAAGACCGUCAAGACCCUCUAUGAAGCAAUGCUGUGAGGUAUUAUGGGGAAUUCGAAAAGAUUUUAGAGAUAUGAACCUUGCUCUUGCUGCUUCUUCCAUUUCUCAUCAUUCCGACAAAGUUGAUGUGAGAAAUGCUCAUCGUAAUAUGUUUGGAAUUGAAGAUGAUGAGUGCUAUAGAUUUAAAUCUGCAUGAAUUUUGGUGAAUUGUGUGUAGCUAUUUGUAAAUUGUUAUACUACAAUUUUGUAAAUUUAUUGUAUCAAAACAUUUUAAAACAGGAGCAAUAUAUUGUGAUACCCAACAGCUUGUAAUCUACCAAGUUGUGCAUUACUCA